GCGGGCGCUGCGGCGGGCAGACGGGAGCGAGGGGGCCUGCGGCGGGCUGAGCGCUAGGCCGGGCGCUGGGCAGCCGUGGGAGCAGCGCCGCGGUCAUGCCCGGCUCCCCGUCGGCGCCGCCCGGGCCGGACCCGGAGGAACACUACGACUUCCUCUUCAAGCUGGUGCUGAUCGGCGACGCCAGCGUGGGCAAGACAUGCCUGGUGCAGCGCUUCAAGACCGGGGCCUUCUCUGAGCGCCAGGGCAACACCAUCGGCGUGGACUUCACCAUGAAGAGCCUGGAGAUCCAGGGCAAGCGGGUCAAGUUACAGAUCUGGGACACAGCUGGUCAAGAAAGGUUUCGGACCAUAACCCAGAGUUACUACAGAAGCGCCAAUGGAGCUAUUCUAGCCUAUGACAUUAGCAAGAGAGGCUCUUUCCAGUCCAUUCCUCGCUGGAUCGAGGAUGUGAGGAAGUAUGCAGGCUCCAACAUAGUACAGUUGCUAAUUGGAAACAAGUCUGACCUAAGUGACCUUCGGGAGGUUCAACUAGAGGAGGCUCAGACUCUGGCUGAACACUAUGAGAUCAUCUGUGCCAUAGAGACUUCCGCAAAGGACUCCAGCAAUGUAGAGGAAGCUUUUGUGAAAAUGGCAACAGAGCUAAUGAUGAGACAUGGAGGUCCUGUGUUCAGUGAGCAAAACACAGACAGCAUCAAACUUGACAGCAAGGAUGUUGUAGAAGGGUGGGGGUGUGGCUGCUGAUAAUAUAAUUUCUCUAAUUGUUACUGGAAUUUAGGGGAUGCCUUCCCUUCUUUCUCCUUUGCUCUGGGUCUCUUCUAUACAGACACUUUGCACAAGCCUAGUGUUUUUGUGGGUUAAGACAUUAACAUUUGCAGCAUGUUUUUAAAAUAUGAAGGAACGUUCUUGUAUAGAUCUGAAAGUGCGGCAGUCAUUCUGUAGCAAUUUCUACUAGAUUUUUUUCGAGGAACUAGUGCAAUUUGGCAGUAAGUUGCACAGAAUGAAGCUACUAAAAUAUCUUCAUAUAAAAUGGUCUGAGUACAAAACUGCUAUUUUACUGUUCACUGACACCUCCAAAAGGGACCUUAUCAACUUGGACAACAUUAAAUGCUUUUAUGGCAGCCAAGUUUUCAGACUGCCUCUUUAAACUCUCCACAUUCCAGAAAAAAGAAUUUAAAAUUACAUGGGGCGACGAAACACUUCGUAGCAGUGUUUCAAGUAUGAAAUAACAGAUUUUCUGCAUAGGAGAAAGCAACUCAUUUAAAAUGAGGAACCUCAUAAAUUAUGAAAUUAUGUUUUCCUGGAUACUAAUGUUGCUGGUGCAAACCAUUUAAAACAAGUAUUUUUCUCUUGUUUUUUUCAGAUAGAGAAAGCAGUAGGUGCAGGACUGAGCAUUUGUAUAAUGCAUAGGUGUUUGUUUUGUUUUGUUUCAUAUUCACCUCAGAAGACUUGAUCCUGAACACAUUUCACUGGAUGGUAGUUCUACAGGUUUCAGUGGAACUUUCUUGGAAGUAAAUGCCUUUGAAAAUGUAUAGGGCUUACUUUAAAUAGGCUGAAAAUUAUAAGUUAAAAUAGAUGUAGUUUAUUUUGCACAGUUGUUAUAGUCUCCUUAGUUAAUACUGUAGAUUGCUGAUUCUCAUCUUUAUUAAUUUCAUUAUGGUCAGCAUUCUUCAGAGAUCAUUUGAAUACUUUUCCUUUCAAUCUUAGCCUCUUCUUUCAUUGCUGCAGAGCAUCUUACAAAUUAUCCCAUCUAGAGGAUUUUUUUUUUCAUUUUUAGGUAUUUUCAGCAAUUACAGAAUUGGCUGUUCUUGAACUUUCUCUGGUCAGUGGUAUUAAGAAGCUGUUUGUUGAUAGGUAUAUGCUAAAUGUUGAAUUAUGUAUAGGAGAUUAUUGGUCAUUUUCCUAAAUUGACCACUCAUGGUAUGGAGUUCUAAAAAUCAUACAAUUGCUUUGUCAGAUAGUGGCUCAGGAAUUCUCAUUAUAAGGCACAUUUGCUGAUUUAUAAGACACUUCUUUUAUAUAAUAGGCCCUGUGCUUCCAACUGCUCCCUUCUUACCCAUUCCUUCUGCCCCUGAUUUCCUCCAUUAUGCUACAAACAAUCUUCAAAUUAGCUUCACACUAUAUUUUUCAGGACCAAUCAACACUAGAUAUAAAAAGUCUGCACCUAUUAGUCAAAAACUGCUGAACUAUUUCUACUUAGUUAAUUUAAGAUAACUAUCCUUGUUUACAUUGGGCUAAAUUUAGGCCAGUGGUUAAGAAGUGCAGAUAUUAGUAACAGUUGCCUUUUUUUAGCACCUUAAACUGGGAAAUGAAGAGUGAGUAUAAUGACUGCAAGUCUUCCAAGUCACCUUUUCAGUGUCCAGCAUAUGGUAUUUCUAAAGAACCCCAUGCCCCUGUCCCAGAAUCAAAGGCCACGUUUUAAAAUGAAAUCCUUGCAGUCAGUCAUCUCAAAACGGGUUAGGCAUGAUGGUACUACUAUGAUCAUGAAUACCUCCCUGGAUACCCAUAGGCUUUCUGUCCUGUCUGAUUUUUUUUUAAGAUUUCUUAUUUUUAAAAGAUUAAAUGUGAAACUGGCAUAAUAUGCGCUCAAAAUUAUGAAUAUACCCAAUGAAUUUGUCUACACUAUUUUAGGAAAAUACAUGGCAUUUUAUUAUUGGAAGGAAAUUUAUGAGUUCAGUUAGCAGAGAUUAAGAUAAGGCUAGUAUCAGAGAUAGUUUUUGUAGAAUAUCAGUAUGAAAAAGUUAAAACAUUUGAACCUGUUUUAAUUUUUGCAGUAUAAAGUGUCUGUCUGUAUAAUUUAGCUUACUACUCCAAUUUUGACUCCAAUGAUUAUCAUGAUGAAUGUUUUUAUUGUAAUUUCAGAAUAGUAGCUUUAAAGUUGAAUAUUCUACAAGGUGUAGACAAGAAAGGGGCCUUAAUUUCAGUUAGAUGUAGUUUUACAAUUAUGUUUACAUAGAAAAGAGAGAUGCCUGAGAGAUGCUGCUUCUAAAUACUAUCUUGUACCAUUUCUUCAGGUUUACUGUAUCCAGCCUUUGAUUCCUAAGCAGUAACUAACAGAAAACUCUAGUGAUUACUAAUAGAACAUCGGCAUUAAACAGAAAUGUUUGACUGUGUACUGUGAAUCCAAUACUAUAAGCAUUACUAUUAUAUAAUUUCAUUUUACUUCAGCUGAGUCCAUGACAAUGAAGGAACGAAGUGAAAUUGAAUAGAGACUGAGCAUGUUUAAUUGAACCAAGGCCAGGUCCUAAAUUGAUGUCUCUAUAUAGCAGCUUUUACAUCAGGCAUCAAUACACUUUUCAGGCCAUGGGCAACCCCUUUCCAAAAUGCUGAAGUUUGGGCAAAAUCCUGCACAAGAUUCCAAAAUCUUAGAUUUUGGCAACUUUAAAAAAAAAUGUUUUUUUUAAAUUGGGUUUCAGAGGUGACAUUUAGGGAUUUGGUGGGUGCUAUCUUUUAAUCAUUUCUGUAUGAGUGAGGGCUGUUUAAGAAUAGUCACUGCCAUCUCUUAUGCAUAUGGAGAAGGGCAAGAUCGAUUUUCCAGGAGUUCUUUUAAUCUCCAUGGAAGUUAGAUGAGAGAGUAUUACCCAACACAGUAAAUAAAACCAAGUUAAAGGGAAAAGAACUAGAUCACCUCCAUUUCCAUUUGGAUAUGUUUAUUAAAGCACCAGCAAAAAGAAGUUUAUUUUAAAUCAUCAGUUUCUCUUAAAAAACAUGCAGCAUAAAUUAGGCAUCAGUCAUCAUUUGCAUUCUUAAGAAUGGUUUUUCCAGAACAGGGAAGUCUGUGGGGUUUCAGCAGAGCAAGAUCGUAGGAAGGUAUAAAAAAGAAUCCACAAAACAUACAUACGUACAUAUUUCAGUGAAAACCAAAGAGGGAAAUUCAAACUGACCAAUCAAUAUCUGUGAUGACAUAACCAUAUGUUCAUUAGGUGAAUCCUGCAUUUACUACAUUUACUAGUCAGACACCCAGGGGGAAGGAAGUCAGCCUUGGAUGGAUAAUAAUGGACAUUUUGGUAUAGAAAUGGUUAGGCAUGUUCUUUCUUCAGAAACUUGCUGUGGCAGAAAGGGAGAAAAGCCCUGCUUGCCAGGGGCUGCAGAGAUCUCUGCCUGUCAGUGAUCUAAAGAAUUGAUGCUACGAUAUAUUCAGGCCAAUCUGAUGUAAUGGUGUGCCAAUAAUUAUUUUUUUAAAAAGAGGAUCCUGUGAAUGGGAACAUUGUGGGGAUUUUUUGUUAUAUUAUUUAUAUAAAUACGUUCGAGUGUUAUGUGAGCAGGCUCCUUUCAAACUGUUUUUACAGGAUUAUGGUUUGAUAAUCAUUCCAAAAAGUAAGUGAGGGCGUGCAUUUGUUUCAGAAUUAACUUGCUUCCUCAUAUUGCUAAUACACAUCUUAGCAGCUAAGAUUCUUUAGUAUGUUAUAUUGUGAUGUAUACUGUUUGUUUAUUCCCAGAUUAGAAAAGAUCUUUGCUCAAAUUGAUUCUUACGAGCUGUAAAGUUCAGUGCUGCAUAGCAUUGACAUUGCUACCAGUUUAGGUCUUUCUCCGUACCUACUGUACUUCAGUAAGUAUUAUACAGAGACUAGCUUUUGCUGCAAUUAUGUAUUGCAAAGACAAGAAACGUAAAGACCAGAUUUUAGAGAACGUUACAAAUCUCACAUAUUACCUAUACUGAGUUUCAGGUAAAAGUUCAAACUGGUUAGAGAAUAGUACAAGAUAAUCUAUGUCACUGUAGACUUCUCUGUAUUUUCAGGAUUUUUGUGAAAAAGGUAGUAACGAUACUGCUAUUGUGAAUUCCAAUUAAAAGGUAUGGUUAAUCUGCUGGGCCCCACUUUAUAUCAAGAGCUGAAUAUGAUGCCCUUCCAAGUGGUGGGGUUAUACAUAUGGAUUUAUUGCAAGCUUCUCCUGAGAAAGGUAGAAGGAAAAAGACAAUCACCCUCAUGCAAAGACAAAUAAGAACUUCUGUUUAAGUAGUCUACAGUGUAAUAGCUUUGAGGGUCUCUUCAGUGGAAGUACUGAAGAAUGAACCUGUGUGAGCUAGUCUCUUGGGCAUAAAUUUUAAAGGGGGAAAUUGUCAAAACACGUAGGGACCCCAUUAUCAGUAGAAAGAAUUCAGCAACAUUGGUUUCCUUUAGUCUUUCUAAUAGAACUGAAGUAUUGCAUAGGAAAUCUGUUUGGAAAAGAGUCAUAUUUCAAGUGGAUCUUUUCAGUAAAAUAUAAAAAUAGCUGCUAUCAUAAGGGAUGGGAGACAUUUGUUUACUUGCAGCAGAAACAUGAAUUUCUGUCCAUUAUUCUUCCCUUUGAGACUCAGGGCUCUUCACAGCACCCUUAAGUGCAGAAGUGUUGUGAUCACUUAUUGACUGUUCCAGUAAUGCUGGAACAGUCAUCUCAUUGUUUUGUCAUGUGGCUAAAUAGUAUAGCAAAGCAAAGAGAAUUGGCCUUCUAUGAGGCAGAUGACCUGUAGAAUUAGUCGCGUUUAUAAAGAUUCAUUAUUUUGCCUAAAUCUGUUUUUUUUUAAAAAAUACUGUAACAUAAUUGCAAACUAGAGUAACACAGUUGUCUGUCAUGACAUUACUAGAUGCCACAUAUUUACAUUCCAAAUACACACACACUGUGGAUUUAUAUUUAUCUGGGUUUGUCUAGCACAGAAAUGACAUCCAGGUAUCAGGUACAUCAAAUGAAGCACGUGAAACGUGCCAGAUUCAGUUUGAGAUACUAAAUGCCUGAUGGUUUUACUGAAAACCAUUCUCAGACUUUUAAGCAUUUCAGAUGGACUACUUUUCUUACACUGAUAGCAAAUUUUAUGGUCUAUUUUCUGCAUAAAACACUUUGUUGCAGGGGAAUAUGCCAUAGAAAUACCUCUGUAAUUGAUAGUACUACACAUGUAUCUUGCCAUUUAGAACAGACUGCUUUUUGUGACAGUUUAAAAAAAUAAAGUACAUUAAAUUGUCUCUAAAAUUGGUUCAAUUUCUUCCAAAAUAAUACCUUUGAAGUCUUAUGAUAGAAAUGUGCAGAUCUAUGCAAAUGUGCAUAAAUAUUUGUAAUCUGUUUCAUAACAGAAUACUAGCGAAAUUCUUUAACCGAACUGCUCAAAGAAUUGAAAAUUACUUAGUUUGUACCAGAUUGUUCCAGACUUAAAAUGUUACGUAUAAUUAGUGCUUACAUUUUCUAUAUACUAUGAUUGAUUGGCAAAUCAUGUGCCAUCCAGUUGGUGUUGACUCUUUGUGACCACAUAGAUAGACCUCCUCCAUGAUGAUCUGUCUCCAAACUGGCCUUUCAGGACUUCAAAAGCUGCACCUUUUGCUAAGUCAAUCCACCUUGCUGUCCAUCUUCUUUUUCCUUUCACCUUUACCAGCAUUAUGGACUUCUCAAGAGAGCUCAAUUUUUGCCUAAUGUGCCCCCAAAAUGAUAAAUUAAGCCUGGUCAUUUCUGCCUCUAGUGAGAACUCCGGAUUAAUUUGUUCUAUGAUCCAUUUCUUUCUUUUCUUAACUAUCCAUGUUUUCUCCAACCCCAAUAUUCAAAAGUGUCAAUACUCUUUCUACCCUGCUUCUUCAGAGUCCAAAUUUUACUUCCACAGAGCAUCACAGGGGAAAACAUUUCCUGCAAGAUUCUGUUCUUUGUAGGUAUAGACAUGUAAAGCAUCUGAACAUCUUUUCCAAAGUCUCCAUUGCUACCCUACCAAGUUUUGGUCUGUGGGAUAUUUCUUAACUGCUGCUUCCUUUACUCUUGACAGUCAAUCCUAAAAGGCAGAAGCUAUCCACCACUUCAUUAUCUUCAUUGUCAGUUUUAGCACUGGUUGCUAUAGCUGUUGUCAAUAGUUUGGCCUCCAUUAUAUUUUAUCUUAUUCCCAUUUCUUUCACUGUGCUCCUUGACUUUCAUUACUCGAGCUUGCAGAUCAUUUACAUUUUCAUCUAUCACAGAAGUGUCAUCAGCAUAGCGCAGGUUUUGGAGGUUUCUUCCUCCAAUUUUAAAACCACAUUCAUUUUAAAAUCCAACCUACCUCAUAAAUUAAACAUGCUAGGCUUUAUGAAUAAAGAGAAAGUAGACAGCCUUGUGUUAUUCCUUUGCCAAUACAGAGUCAGUCUGUUUCACCAUAUUCUGUCUGGACUGUGGCUUCCCAUCCUGUGUAUAGGUUUUUUAUGAGGGCAAUGAGAUAUAUUCUGGGAUUCCCGUUUUUCUAAUGCAUUUCAUAGCUUAACAUGGUUGACACAAGUAAGGGCCUUUUUAUAAUCGGUGAAACACAUGUUUAUUACUUUUUGGUAUUCCUUAGCUUUUUCAACUUCCAGCUUCAGUAUCUUUACAGACAUCUUUGUAACACUACUUCUCAUCUCUUUGAAUGGUUCUCUGAAAUUCUUCAUUAAGUUUGUUCCUGAGAUCUUUUUCUUGGCUUUGGCUUCUCUUCCUUUUUGGCAAUUUCCACCAUGCAGUCUGACACCCAGGUAGCUUUCCUCUGUUUCUUGGUAUUUUGUAGACUACGUAAGCAAUAAGGAAAUCAUUGGGUUGGCAGAAACUGGUAAGUCAUUCUUCUGCUUCAUUUCAGUUUCCUAGGCCAUACAGCACAACUACAUUUUCCUCUUUACUAUUUGCAACUUUGGCAUUCCAGUUUUCAGCCAUAACCAACAUACUGUGCUUCCAUGUUCGGUCAAUUCCACAUUGAACUAAUUCUGUGUUUGCAUUUUUGAAUGUUCUCUUCCUCCAUGGAAGCAAUCAGAUGUCCCGAAGGCUUUGAUCAAUUCUGUCAAACACCAUUAAACAGUACUUCUAAAAGAUCCUCAGCUCUUCCUCAGUUGUAUGUUAAGUGCCAUCCAAUCUGAGGGGCCCAUUGUUCAGCGCUGUAUCAUCCUAUUGUUUAUCCAUAUGGUUUCCUUGGUAAAAUACAGGAGUGGCUUACCAUUGCUUUCUCUUGUGCAUUGUGAAAUUAUGCUUUCGCUCUUGGCACUAAAGUGAUCAUCCACCUCCAGCAUCUUCCUAUAUCACUGCUGCCCAGUAUAGGUGCCUGCUUGCUUUAGCUGGACAGCUGGGUGACCUUCGUGCCUUGAAUGACCCCGCUGGGAGUAUCUCUUCUUGGCAUGUACCCCCAAUAUCCUUUGCUCAUCCCUCCUGGGAAUAUUUCACCACCACCACGAGGCCACAUAGUAGAACUUCAAGAAGUUCUAUAUAUUACAGAAAAUAUAAACUUACUCUCAGUUGAAUUGCUUAUAGGAUGACAUCUAGACUUUGCAUUAUAGCAAAGAAGAUAGAAUUAACAAGUAUUGGUUUGUUUUGCUCUUUGUGUGAUAGUAAGUAUUCAUAAAAAUAUUAGGAUUCCAAACUGAAUUUUUAAAAAAAGAUGGUUGCAUUCUGAAUUCAUGCUUUAAUACUGAAUUUACAAAGUUUAUUUUAAUUCAUAGUCUAUGCAAAAAUGUUAAAAUCUGAAAUAUGUAUUUCAUUUGGCCCCUUCCCUUUGUGCUUUACAAAGUAUCUGGGAUUGGGAAAUGUCAGAAGUACAUAAGCACAUGUGUCUAGCUAUGUUUGCAACAUCACCACUAUAACAUUAAAGGAGAGUAUCAGAUGGCAUAGCAGAUGACUUAAUCUACAUACAGCCAAUUGUGCAAUCUCAGUACAAGUUUUUACAUUACAUAUAAGCAUAUAGAGCAGAAGAGGCUUUGCACACCUCUCUUUGCACAUCUGUAAAAUGUUGGGAGAAGUUGUGUGCUUCUCAUGGAGCAAGGAAGCAGAACUGCCUUGACUUAUCCCCAAUUCCCCUUUUCUAAUGUGCAACACCUCUUCAAAGUUCUCUUUGAUCAAGAUCAAAAUUGUAAAUAUAGUCAGAUUAGGCACCAGUUUCUCUGAAUUCCUUUUUUUUUUAAAUUGACCAACAGCAGAAUUUAUGUCUGCCUUCCCUUCAACCUCCCUGCUCCAUCCUUAAAUUUUCUUACUAUAGUUAAUAAUAAUACACAGCUAUUAUAAUGGCACUGUUCUGUGCAUUGAUUCCUAGCUUACAUAAUCAUGGAGGUGACAUCAUCCUUUUUUCUGAGUCUCAGACUCGGUAUCAGUCCCUUUUAAAUCAGUUGACUUCUUUGUGAAUAUAACAAAAGUAAGAAUAUAACUGCCUCCCUCAUGGUGCUGAAAUCCUAAAUUCCAAUCUGUAUAGCUAGGAUGGACAUUUACAGGGUGUCAUAAAUACCGAGACUAUCUGGAAUAAUUAUGGUUACAUAAAAUGCUUAUUAGAUCAUAAGUUAUCUGCUUUUAUUGUAUUUUAGAAAAUAAAGUGCAUGAGUAAUUCACAGGCAUGCUUUUAAUGUAUUGAUUAUAGUGAAUGGCUGUACUAAAAAUUUAACAUGGGAUUUUCAGGUAUUUGAAUUGUGAUCAACAAAGUGUAGAAAAGAUCCUCCCAUUUCUUCCCAAAAAAUGUUUGAGGGAUCUCAGGUUUUUGACUUCUGCCUAUUUUUUCAAGUUCCCAAAUCAUUAGCUUUCUUGUCUCAGUUAAUAAACAGUCAUCACCUGAGGAUAACCCCUGUCCUAAAUUCCAUAAAUUAGAUUUGUAUGCUGGAUCAAACCUUCUUUCACAGAUUUAUGUGUUGGAAUCAGGAGCUACGUGGAGGAUUCAUGACCAAAUGUGCAUCUUCGUGUUGAUGAAUGUUUCAAGCUGAUAACCGAUGUUGCAAUGCAGAUAAGAUACAUACCUCCAUCUGCUCUCAGACAUCAGUGCACUCUCUGUCUCUGGACUGGUUAUAGGGCAUGUAGGCUGUUGGCAUUUUUUAUCUGGCCUACAUUGUGUGUCUAAACAAAAAUGUAAGAACUCAGACAUUCAAAAUUGUGAUCUGUGGAGAAAUUUGGUGAGCUUUAUUUUAAAUAGAGGGUAAUUGUGCCUUAGAAGGGGCUCUGCCUAAAAAUGAAUGGCCAGAUGUAAAAUAUACCUUUUUUGCAUACCUACACACACAAGCCAGAGUUUAACAAAGAUUGGACAAAUUAUUUGCAAUUGAUUGCUUUCUGCUAUGAUCAAUAGGAUUAAGGUAGAAGUUCCUUAAGAUUGGCAUUAUGUGUGUUUAAAAUAUGAGAGCCAGUACUGGUGUGACUAGGGUAACCCAAAUAGCAUCCUUAGUUCACUUUACAUAUCCUGGCUAAUAUGGCUUCUAAUACUCUCAGAACCAAUGAUUGAUAAAAGGGAGGAAGAAAGCAACUGAGUUACCCUAUCUUGCCAUCUGUCUGCUCUGAAAUAGUCUUCCUUUCUCAAUUGCUUUCUCGCUAUUGAGAAAAGAUUUGGAGACAUGUUGAUGUUAGUUAUUUCACUAAGAAUAAGAUUCCAGCAUUUGUGCGUGCAUUAUCACCCCACUGCUUUUAAGCAUGGGUAUACGGAUGGUAGAAUCUGUAGAAGGGUAUAAUAGUACAGAUGCAGGUAUUUCAGCGUGGGUUGUAACGGUAGAGGUUUGUAACUGUAAAUACGGCAUUGGCUGAAACCUGAUAGAGGAUCUGCACUGUUUUUUGAAGUGGAGGUGUUUUUUUAGAGAAAUAUUUUCAUGAUACGUGCUGACAAAGGUUUGUCAUAUGCUCUGUGCAGUAAUAGUGCCUAACUAACUGGUAUAGCCUGACUUUUAAAAUCUCUUGUCCUGGGGACAGGCAGCUUUUCUACUAGCUGGUUCAUACACUUAGUAAGAUAAAGCACCAAUUCAUAUUGAAUUCACUUCAUUUCCAAAGGAUAUACAAGUCUGAAGAAUUCUGAUGUUACUGAAUUGUUCUCCAUUUUUUGAAAAACGGUUUUAUUGCUUGUAAUAAGGCUUCCGGGGACAGACAUAGAGACCCGUCUAGCUUGUUUUCCCUUACAUAGUGUUUACCGGAAGAGGUGAAAAGCAUGAUAAAAAGGGAACAAAGUAUCAAUGUUGACAUUUUACUGGCACCUAUUUAUGGAUUUAUUAAAAAAAAAGUUUAUUUUUAAAAACUAUGAAAUUACUUUUUUUUUUGGUAAAUUUUAGCAAAGUCUGUAGCAAAUACAUUGUACUGUGUAUAAUUAAAAUGAGCAUUUGGCUAUUA